AUGUCUACCAACGACAGCUUUCCAAAAACCGGCAUCAUAGUCACCGGCGAUGAGGAGAACCUUGACAAUAUGUCUGAAAUGGCCCACGCCGUCUUCGACGAUAUCGUCUACAACAUAAUCCACGACUUAGUCCUCAAAACACACAGAGAAGAGAAGAUAGCCCGAGCUUCCACUGCAGCAAUAAUUGUCGAGCAAAAAGCGGCACAGUUAGAUGCGAGCUCUGCCGACGAAUCCUCCCCGGCAACGGGUACAGCACCUUCGCACCGAGUCGAGACAGCAGCCGCAAUAUACGAUAAUGGCAAAGUUUACUUGAAAUCGAACCCCCUGAAAACCACGACAGAGAUCCGGUGCCGAAAAUGCGGCCUUCCUCGUCUUCUCCAUCCGACCGACGGCAAUGGGGCGAGGAAGCCGGAGCCUGGCGUGGAAUACUGCAAGAAGCGUCCCUUCAUAGAUAAACCAUACCAUGAUGUCUACGGACAGACAUAUGUACCCGAGGGGCCUGGUCGAGGUAAGAAAAAGAAGGAUAUGGUCAAUCCCCUAAAGCCACCAACAUCGAAAGAAGACACACCCAGCGGAAGUCAGGAUUCACCCGCCUCACCACCACCUGGCGAAGGACCCGCCAAGCCAAUCUCCUUCCCACAUGCCAAGUGCCACAAUUGCAAUACCUUCCUCCCAAUUAAACGAAUGAACAACCACAUGGCGAAGUGCAUUGGUGGGGGAGGUCGAGAUUCAUCCCGGACAGCGCUCUGGAAGAUCCAAAACGGAAACACUAACGGAAGCCAAAAUGGGAGUACACCAUCUCCUGGGAGCCGAAAUUCUACCCCUAUACCAAACGGUGCGAAAGCAAGAAGCAGUCCCAACAAGCGCGAUCCUGGUGAUGACUUCGAUUCAGACUCUUCACCGCACAAGAAGAAGAAAAUAAUGAAGAAGACUACUGUGACUAAACUCAAGGUCCCAAAUAUAGCCAAGUCAAAUUCGGCGAGUAACUUGAGUUUUGAGGAGAAGGCACCGAAUAGCGAUGACGAUGACGAUGACGAUGAUGGGGAUGGCGAAUAUGGGACUGUCGUCGUGGAACCAAAGAAAAAGAACAAGCCUGUUGUGAGGAAGGUCAAGGAGGCAGAGAAGAAAAAGAAAUGGCUGCAUGGAAAGGGAGGUGUAAAGGCGGCGUUGCCACCGGUGGAACCCCCGGACGCGGCAAAGGCCAAGAAGAAUGGGAAAGGUGAUCGGGACGCAGAUUCGGAAUCCAGUCAAACGCUGUCAUCUCCUAAUUGA